UACAAAUGGUGGCUGAGAAUAGCUCUUUACAUUCUCAUUGUCCUUGUUGGCCAGACAGUGGCAAUACUUUUGGGAAGAUUGUACUAUGUUAAAGGAGGCACAAGCAAAUGGGUGGAAACAUUAAUGCAAGGUGCAGGUUUCCCAGUUCUCAUUUUCUUCUACUGCUUUUCAGCUUUCAAAAAUCCCACCACAAACAGUCUUCAAGCACAUCCGAGAUCUUCCUUUAUUGUUGUAUCAGCUUAUGCCUCACUAGGCCUACUCACUGCAACAAAUUGCUUUCUGCUUUCAAUUGGGAUGCUAUAUCUUCCUGUUUCUACUGUCACUCUCAUUUCAGCAUCCCAAAGGUUGUCUUGAAUGUAAUAGACUCAUGCUGGCGUUGGAAAUCCAAUUGGGCGACUAAUCGUCAAGCUUUGGCGGAUUGCGCGGUGGGGUUCGGAAAAGGGGCCAUCGGAGGAAAAUAUGGUGCAAUAUAUGUAGUUACCAGUCCUGCUGACGACCCUGUAAAACCUAAAUUCGGAACCCUGAGAUAUGGCGUUAUCCAGACAAAACCGCUUUGGAUUAUUUUCGCGAAGGACAUGGUUAUUCGGCUAAAAAAUGAGCUUAUAAUGACUAGUUAUAAGACUAUUGAUGGGAGAGGGGCUAAAGUGGAGAUUGGUAAUGGACCAUGCAUAACUAUACAAGAUGUUAACCAUGUGAUCAUUCAUGGAAUCAGCAUUCAUGAUUGUAAACCAGGGAAAGCUGGCCUUGUUAGGAGUAGUACUACACAUGUCGGGCGUCGAGGCGGCUCGGACGGCGACGCCAUUGAUAUCUUUGCAUCUUCAAAUAUCUGGAUUGACCAUUGCUUUCUUGCUCGUAGUGCUGAUGGCCUAAUCGAUGUCAUUCAUGCUUCAACUGCGGUCACCAUCUCUAACAAUUACUUCUCUCAACAUGACAAAGUGAUGCUGCUUGGACACAACGAUAAGUUUACUGCAGAUAAAGUAAUGAAAGUUACAAUAGUCUUCAACCGAUUUGGGGAGGGACUCAUCGAGAGGAUGCCAAGGGUGAGGAUAGGCUACGCCCACGUUGCAAACAACAGAUAUGACGAGUGGAAAAUGUAUGCAAUUGGUGGCAGUGCUAAUCCAACCAUUUUAAGUGAAGGCAAUUACUUUGCAGCUCCGAAUGAUUCUAACUCCAAACAGGUUACUAAGAGAGAGGCUAAAAAUGGUUGGAAAAAUUGGAAAUGGAGGACCUCUAAGGAUGUAUUUAUAAAUGGGGCGUAUUUUGUGCCAUCAGGAUAUGGAAGUUGUGCGCCAAAUUACUCCAAAGCUCAAUCGUUUAUUGUUGCACCAGGAGAAAUGGUUCCUGCUUUAACAGCUAGUGCAGGUCCUCUGCGUUGUGUUGUUGGGAAAGCAUGUUGA